GGACUAUUUUCUUUUUUAUUUUUUUAUUUUUUUUAUAUGAAAUGGUUUUGGAUGUUGUUGUUGCUUUUUCUCUGAUGGGAUCCGCCUCUCUCUCCUCUUUGUAAACGUUAAUCAUCCAUUAAACUUUCUCUCUCUACCUGAGUUCAAAGAAGGAAGCUUUCUUAAAACUGAAGGCCUUUUCUCUUUCUAAACUCAAAUGGGUCUGAGCAGACCUCACAAGGUUGGCAAUGGAGUUUCCACCAGAUGGGUGUCUUUCUUUUGCAUUCUCAGCUUCUUCUUGGGCGUUCUUGUCGUUAACAGGUUUUGGGACGUCCCCGAUACAGUCAAAAUGGAUGAGGAGGAGGCUUCCUCUAUCAAGAAACAUCAAUCAGGAGCCAUUCAUCCCAUAGUUAAUUGUGAUAAAAAGGAGGCUUCUGAUCAGGUGGGAGACAUCCUUUCUCAAGUUUCACAGACACACGAUGUGAUCAUGACACUAGAUAAAACAAUCUCCUCACUAGAGGUGCAGCUAGCUGCAGCCAGAGCUGCAAAAGCUGACAACAGCGACGAAGGAUCUCCAUCUGUUACAAAACCAGGAACAGAGAUAUUCAAGGAGCGGCCAAAGGUUUUCUUUGUUAUGGGAAUCAUUACUGCAUUUAGUAGUAGAAAGCGAAGGGGCUCGAUUAGAGACACGUGGAUGCCUCAAGGAGAUGAGUUAAAGAGGUUGGAGACAGAGAAGGGAAUCAUAAUACGGUUUGUUAUUGGACAUAGCGCAACUCCAGGUGGCGUUUUAGACCGUGCCAUUGAUGCAGAAGAAGCUCAGCAUAAGGAUUUUUUGCGACUGAACCAUGUGGAAGGCUAUCAUGAAUUGUCCUCAAAAACACAAAUAUAUUUCUCAACAGCUGUUGCUAAAUGGGAUGCUGACUUCUUUAUCAAAGUUGAUGAUGAUGUUCACAUAAAUCUUGGUAUGGUGGGUUCUACUUUGAGCCGCCAUAGAUCGAAACCUCGCGUUUACAUUGGUUGCAUGAAGUCUGGUCCUGUCCUGACACAGAAGGGGGCCAAGUACCAUGAGCCAGAAUAUUGGAAAUUUGGUGAGGAGGGAAACAGGUAUUUUAGGCAUGCAACAGGGCAGAUUUAUGCACUCUCCAAAGAUUUGGCCACUUACAUAUCGGUAAAUCGGCACAUACUUCAUAGAUAUGCAAAUGAAGAUGUUUCUCUGGGUUCUUGGUUUAUUGGUCUUGAUGUUGAGCACAUCGAUGACAGAAGCCUUUGCUGUGGGACUCCUCCAGAUUGCGAGUGGAAAGCCCAAGCUGGAAAUGCUUGCGCAGCAUCAUUUGAUUGGAGCUGCAGCGGCAUUUGCAAAUCGGUGGAGAGGAUGGAAGAAGUGCACCAGCGCUGCGGGGAGGGCGAUGGAGCUAUCUGGCACACCAGCUUCUGAAACUUGCUCACUCUUCUUUGGUGGUUGUAAUAUAAAAUGUUUAUCUUCUUGUAACAAGUCAAAGAAGAAAAAGAAAAGGAAAAAAAAAAAUCAGAGUUGAGAGUAGCACCUCCUGCCCCAUUUUUGCUUUUUAA